AUUUAUUGCUAUCUAAUGGUAAACCAAUAGAAUGUAGCGCAUUUUGAAAACCGCGCUACGGUCCCCCAGUGAGACCAAACUUGGGCAAGUGUGCCACCGAUUUCUUCAGCAGAGAUGCAACCACUGUCAUCCCAACUGACAGAGUAUUCGCUCAAGCAAGUAGCAGAAAGAUGCUGGCAAAACAUGGAGGUGCGGCUGAUCUUGUAUUAAUGAUUACUUCACCAACAAUCACAUUUUAAAACGAUGUUGAUGUGAUAGAAAAUUUUUUUGCCUAUUGAAAUUAUUGCGUUUUUGAUAUAAUGAACAGUAAAAAGAAUUGCAUACGAUCCCUUUAAAAAGCUGUUUUGCCUAAAUGAAGGCCUUAUUAUUCUAAAAGAAUUACACUUACUCAUUCGAUCACUAAAAAAAUGCCUUUGACAACAUCAACAACACUGUUCUGUUUGAAAAACUUUGUAAAGAAUUUUUCUUUUUCUGUUUUUUGCACUUUUCUCAUUACUAUUGUCAUAAUAAAUACAAAUUUGACCAAAAAUAAUCAUGUUUUAUUUUGGGGGUGUUCAACUAACAUUGAUAAUCAUAAAUUGCCCUGACAGCCUCGUUUUCCCUGCUGGCUUCCUCCAAACCAAAAUGGCGGAUGCCUUGUUCAAUUAUGGCCGUUAAGACUUUUUCUUGCAUCCAUUUUCGAAUGCGCUUAUCCUCAUUAGGAAUAACUCCACUUUAAAGCAAAACAGUUGACUUCGUUUGAUUUCAAGCAGUGUCCCGUUGUGACCGACAUGUCCACCUUUUGUGUCUAUCAGUGAAACUGGUUUUGGGGACUUUCCCCCCCAAAAGUUCUAUGGAGCACUAAUGAGUGAAGGUUUUGCAUUUCAGGCCCGUUGCCUUUAAAAAGCUUCAGUCGGGUUUUAGAUUAAGCCAGCUCCAAAAAGCAAAAUGAGUGUGACAAACCAAACACCUGACGCAUUGAUUGACACCAACCAGAGCAAAUGUGAAGCGCUAAAUCCAAUCUUGCGGCUAAUCCGGUUAGCACUGCACGGUUUUUCGUAGCCGUCCAAACAAUUUUGCCUCCAUUGAGCAAUUUGGGCUGCUCUUGUUGGUUUAUCACCACAAUGUCUAGGUGCGAGAUUAUCUAAAUUAGCCCUGUUACACCACAGUCCAGUUAAAAUUGUAAAUUACUCAGACUAAAUUUUCAUCAUGCGUCUCACCGUAAAGCUGUGAUAUUUUUUUUCUGUCUUGUAUUUCCAUCAGAGACCUCUAGGAUUUUUUUCCCCACAGAUUUGCCAGAGGAUAUCGGCAACAUGCCAACAAACACCACGGCCUAGACGAGACGUGAUACCUUCUGACAUGGCCCCUGUCCACACAAUCGCGCGCACAUGCACGUACACGUCAUUAAGUUGGCAUUUACCCUUCAUCAGUCAUCCCCCUCAUAUGUCACUUUUGUGACGGCACAGCCUGUCUCUGUUGGAAAUCGUUCUCUCACAUUCCCUGAAAGAGAUUUUGUUACAUCAUGGGCGUUGCAGUGAACCAUCUAGUUUGACGAUAUAAAAUUAAAGCACGACCGAUUUUGUGGGUCUAUUCAUGAUAGACAGGUCUACCAAAUUUUAUGUUGCUAAGUCAAACUGGCUUUGGGGGCUGAAUUUUCAAAUGAUUGAAAAGGCCAUUUUAGGGCAUCACAAAUUUUGGAAAAUUACCAUCAUGAGGAACAAACGUGCAGAAAUUUGGUGAUUUAAGCAUUGUUAUUUUCCCUUGAAGACGUCCACGUGACGCAGAGAACGAAUGCUCAUUUGUGUCAGUCCGCUGACCGUCAUGGCAAAUGGCUGCAGGUGAAGUUCGUUGCGCUGAAUAGUGGGAUGACAUCACAGCUAAUUGCAGCGUAGCGAGUCAAUUGGAUUUGCAUUGUACGCGUAUUGUGUUGACAGAAUGCAAGCAGCUGCUUGGCCUCGGGCUGCGCACACACACACAAAAAUAGAUGGAAAAGUCUUCCCUGGUGCAAAAGUGCCGCCGCGCUACACGAAGGCUCAUGAUGUUCGUGUCAAUGCACGUCAUUUAUCAACUACUUUUAUAGGACGGCAAACUACACUAGCGUGCAAAAUUUAUGCUCACUUUGAAUUUGACGGCUAAGAUUUAAUACAAACGUAACUUAAGCGUAUGAUGAUUUUUUUCAUAACCAUUUAGCACAUAUUUAGCAUAAUGUGAAAAUAAUUUAAAACGGAAUGAAUCCACAAAUGGAAUCUUUUUAUUUGUGAUAGAUUUACUUUAACUAAUGAGUGUCAGGUGCGGCUCAUGAAGGAACGCCCACUCUCCAGCUGGAGACUGAAAAAAUAAAGCAAACAGGACAGGAUGAUGACGGCUAUAACCCGUACAACUCAAUUGAGGGGGGAAAAAAACUUGUAGGGAUUGAAAGUAUGUGUGCAUUAUUUUAUUAAUGUGGACCUGGCUGUGUUUACAAUAAAACAAUCAGAUUUUUAAAAAAAGACUUUUUCGAUCAGUUGCACUCACAUCUUUUAAAUCCAAACCGAUUUUCCGAUUCCAAUAGGUUUUCCUUCCACCGCUAAUAUCGAUGCAUAUUUGUAUGUACUACCCAGAAAUACAUUUCUGACACUGUCAAUCAAAAGGAAUGAUUUUCUAUUGUCAUUCGCUAGCCUACUAAAUCGAGUCACCAGUAAGUCAAGUCAUCCUCGGAGCCUUUUUCAUGACCAUUGACAUAUUUCAUAAAUAAUGUCCCAGAUUUCUCGAUAACAAGGUGACAUAACGGACUGGUUGACGGGCUGACGAUGGCCCCGGGGGAGCCCGUCUUGGGGUCCCGUUGACAAGAUGAGAGAGGACGCGGCUUGCUCAAAGUGAGCGUGAGACCUGCAGGAGGAGGAGCAAGAGGAAAAUGCAAGUACAGCGCGAAGAGGCGAACAUAUCAGCAGCCGCAGUCGGCCGAGCAUCGCGCUGAAUGAAACGAAGCCUGUGACAGGUCCGACACGAUGAUGAGCAGGUGUGACACCCUCCCUCCCCUGAACCCCGGUGAGGAGCUGACGGAAGAGGAAAAGCAGAUCAUCAACGACGUGUUGGCCCGCGCUGCCAAGAUAGACGCCAUGGAGCAGCAACGUAUACAUCUCCUGUCCAUCCGUCUGGAGGACGCUCAGAGGACGGCGUGCGGGGACGGACGCUCGGCCUGUCUGCUUUGUGGCGCCGCAUUUGGGGGCAGCGGCGUUACGGCCUCCCUUUGCGUCCGCUGCAGGAAACAAGUAUGCAGCGAUUGCGCGGCCCAAAAUAGCUCGACAUCAUCGUGCUUGUGUUCCAUCUGCAAACAACAUCUAGAAGUGCAGAAGCGUUCCGGAGCUUGGUUCUUCAAGGGCCAAGCCCCCUACCUCCUUCCUGACCCGUUGCCGCUAGCCCAACCGCCACUCACUGGCCCGGGAUCCACCGAUGCAACCGUAGAGGUGCCGCUACCUCAUCAGACUGAAGAACAAUGUCUUCCUCCGUCGAUGAUGUCGGGUGAAGCCCAAAGCGCCGCCACAAGGCCACCGGCCGCCGCUCAGGAGGAAAAAAAGGAAACAGCGGCUGCAACGCUCCCGACUUCAAGCGCAAGCAAAAUGGAGCCCCGUCUUUUCGCCGGACCUCACGCAGAUGUAACGUCGCGGGAGGACGACGACGAAGAAGAAGACUCAGACGACGCAACAACGCUGGGAUGUUUAGAAUUCAGUCUGCUCUAUGAGCAAGAGCGCCACCAACUGCAGUGUUGCGUCAUCAAGGCCAAGGGCUUAAAGCCGAUGGAUUCCAACGGCCUAUCGGACCCUUACGUCAAAUUACACCUGCUUCCGGGUGCUAGUAAGUCCAACAAGCUUCGCACUAAAACACUGAAGAACACUCUGAAUCCGAUUUGGAACGAGACUCUGGUCUAUCAUGGCAUCACCGAUGACGAAAUGUCCCGAAAAACCUUACGACUGUCGGUCAGCGACGAGGACAAGUUUGGACACAACGAGUUCAUUGGGGAGACGCGAGUGGCACUCAAGAAACUCAAGUUCAACCAGAAGAAAAAAUUUAAUGUGUGCUUGGAGAGAGUCGUUCCGGUGAAAAAAGUUGUUGGAGGUCAAUCUCGAGGAAUGGCGCUCUAUGAGGAUGACGUAGACGAGGGCGAGGACUGCGAGGAACGAGGUCGCAUCCUGCUGUCUCUGAGGUACGACAGCAAGCAGGGUCGUCUGAUUGUGGGCGUUGUCCGAUGUGCCCACCUCGCCUCCAUGGACGCCAAUGGAUACUCGGACCCCUUUGUCAAAGUGUGUCUGAAGCCUGACAUGGGAAAGAAAGGCAAGAACAAGACACAGAUUAAGAAGAAAACGCUCAAUCCAGAGUUCCAGGAGGAGUUCAGUUAUGAGAUCAAGCACGGUGAGCUGGCUAAGAAAACUCUGGACAUUUCCGUGUGGGAUUACGACAUGGGCAAAUCCAACGAUUUCAUCGGCGGCUGCCAGCUGGGCAUCCAGGCUCAAGGCGAGUGUCUGAAGCACUGGUACGAAUGUCUGAAGAACAAAGACAAGAAGAUUGAACGCUGGCAUCUUCUCCUCAACGACAACAGCAGCGGACGCUUUGAUGACUGAAAAUGACACUCAGCUCAACCCUGGUCCACUCUAUGCUCUUGUCUUCCCGUCGCCGUUUUAUGUUUGCCUCCUCCAGGGAAUGGCCUCCGCCUUACAUGACCGGUUCCAUCAGGUGUUCAGUGGUCUUGAUGCAUGUUGUCUUGUGAGGAAUAAACAAUCAUGCACCUGAA